AGAAAGACUUGGUUUCGAACUCUUUUUAUUCUUUUUAUAUUUUGAGUAAAACUUUUGCUCUAGUCUGCUCACUUGAAGAACCUCUAUAUUCGUCUAUAAUUCAACAUCAACAACACCUCUCGUUCUACCACUCAAUAUAACCUAAUAUAUUACAUUCAAGAACUUCAUCUUAGAACCCCUAUCUUACUAUUAAUCGCAUCCCUAAUUUGCUGUAUUUAGCAGCUUGCAAAAAUCAGUAGUACCUUAUGCAGGUCCUGCCGUUUCUCCAAGUCUCAGACCUGCCCCCGUCGGCUUCACUCUACGCCGCCAUAACCCAACCACUCGGUCUCCGGUUUGUAUCCGCCGACUCAGCGUCGAUAGUCUUCGGUGACCUCAGUUCACCUACCCCUGAACCGGUCUUCGAGGUGAAGAAUAGCAUUCGUCCCAAGGGCCAAGCAAUCCAACCCUGCCAUCUGGUUCUCUCUGCAGCAUCCCCCUCAGCGGUUUAUUCUUUUUACACAGCUGCCCUACGAGCGAACCCUGCUUUGGAGGACGCUGGGAAAAACUUCAACUAUCUUCACAUACACGACGACCCCAACUCUAUAGGUGAUAGCCGCGCAAGAAUCGGAGAUUUUGACGGAAACAUCAUGGAGGUAAUUCAUUCUGGAAGCCGUGCGGGACGUCGCAGCGAAUCUUCCUCCCGAGAAGUCAGCCGUGUUCUGGAUUGGAACCUGGACAUGAAUGCUGCCCCGGCCCAUUCGCGCUCCAUUGCGUCUGGCUCUAGUGGAAGCAGCCGCGCUGCUGGCAAUGAGCCUUACACCAUAAUGAAGAAAAGUGUUACGACAUCGACUGUCGAACAUGCCCCACCGGAAAGCCCGAGGGGAUUCAGUGCUACCGGUCUGGUUGGCUCCCUUCUCGGUGUCGCUGUCGGUGCUGCUGUUACCGGUGCGUUGACUUACGGCAUGGGAAACAAAGAACGCGAGCGCGAGCAGGCGUAUCAGGAGAUGCCCCCAUUCAUGCGACGAUCGACCUGCCCUGACCAACUCCCUGACACCCGACCUAGAUAUUACCCACCGACCAGUUACGGGGGUGGGUAUUCUCAGGCUGGAACUCCUAAAAGCAGAGCGGGCGAUGAUAUGGAUGAUCGUGCCAGCCGUCACUCAAGCCACUACACCACUGGCAGCAGAUCUCGGGGUCGUAGUCAAUCCACGUCGAGACAGCCAUUGAUGAUUACCGAGGCUGAGCAUAGAAGUAACGCUGGCUCAAAGCGCAGUAACUCCCCUAGGCAAAUGGCGGAGGCCGACCAUCGUGGUCAUAGGGGAUCGAGACAUAAUGAGGACCGCCGCAGCCACACCGGAUCAAGGCAUAGUGGAGACCACCACAGCGGGAGGCCCGCCUCGCGCUCGCGUCGGCACUCGCCCGAGUUAGAAGAUCAUGGUUACUUCAGCUCAAAACACGCCUCGCCGCGACCCUCCAGGCACUCGCCGGAGUCGGAAGAUCAUGACUACUUCAGCUCGAAACACGCCUCACCACGGCCUCGCGAGCCUGAAGUUGAGACCUACGUCUCGGCUCGAUCAGAUAGGUCGACAGCCGCAAGUCGGCCUCGGUUAGCUAGGGUUGAGACUGCGCCGUCGCGAGCGUCCUCCAUAGCUGACAGCCGGUACUCCGCUGCCACUGUUCGAGGCCCGGUAGCCAAGAAUCACGGUUCAGCUAGGCAUAACCCACAGCCAGAGAGCAGCGUCGGAACCAACUAUGCUUACUGGAACGGUGAGGCGUGCAGCGUUGCACCAAGUGAUAGCAUCAGCAACGUUGGCAACCGCCACGGCAGACGGUCACAAUAUGCUUGAUUCAUUCCGCUUCCCUUUAUCACACUCCUUUUUAUAUUUACGACGACGACGACGAAGAAGAAGAUUACGUAUACACGGCUUCUCUGCCAAUAAUCUAAUUGGGUCAGGUGUCUCACAGAGACAACACUACAUUCAUUACUUAGUAAGAAGGGAGAGUUUCGGGAUUGGGAAUUUGGUAUUCGGUUGACAUGGGCAGGAUGCUGUUGUUGUUGUUUUAUUUAUUUAUCUUUUGGAAAUAGACCUGAGCAUAUGGUAUACAUUAUCUGAUUGGCAUCGUAUUCUCUCACGAGUUUUCUCCGGCUGCUGGUCACAAGAUAAGCCUCGAGGAGACUUGGUACAGACGAGAAGAAAAUGUUGCUUGUAUGUAUGUUUUCUUAUGCGGCGGCCUAUAGAAUCUCACUUCACAUUUG